CUCCAAAUCAAGCCACAAUUGAGGCACCACCUCCAGGGCUGGGUAAGCUCCAUCCACUAUUCAGGCUCACAUGGCAACCGUAGAGCAAUGAUGUUUCUCUGGAUUAUUUUCUUGGCCCCUCUUUCCCUCCCACGCCAACACGUACAAUAAAACCUUGCACUUUAAGAAUUUCACCAACUCUAAAGUCUCAUGAGCUACAUCUUCUUCCGCUUUCAUUAUUACGAUAAUCUCUACCGUCGUGCAUUUUCUGGCGUCGGUGCAUCUCGUUGAUACUUUUUAUUCCCACUAUAAUUGCUGAUCUUGCGACCAAUCUCGAUUGACGAACCGCCUGCUCCUAUCGACCUCCGUGCCCACCCCACGGCCGUUGUCCCGAUCGAUAGAAGUUGCGCAUCAUGGCCGCCAGCGAUGCGCAACCGGCUUUCGGGCCGGAUGAGGUACUUCAGGCCAUGUUGACUAUGAGGGGUGGGGCUACAGAAAAGAGGAAGAAGGAUGCACACGAAUAUCUCGAACUUUUCCAGAAGUCGCCGGCGGCGUGGACUACGAGCAUCACGAUAUUACAGUCGAAUGCCGAAGCGGACGUCAAGUUAUUUGCAGCGACGACGCUCAGGGGAAAGAUUACAUACGAUCUCACAACCCAAGUGCCCGCAGCUGAGAUCCCGGCUGUUCGAACUCAACUACUAGCACUCCUGAAACGGUUUGCGCCGGGACCGAAACCGAUAAGAGUGCAAUUAUGUGUGUGCUUGGCUAUCUUGGCCAUACAGAUGCAGGAAUGGAAAGAUGUUCUUCCCGUCGUAGUAUCAUCCCUCGGCGAUGAUGCCGAAAGCCACACUUGCAUCUUGGACUUCCUUAGGGUCCUACCAGAAGAGGUGACCGAAGGACGCAAAAUCACCUUGACAGACGAAGAACUCACCCAAAGGACCAGCGAACUACUAGAACAGAAUGCUCCGCAAGUGGUUCAACUCCUCAUCAACUACGCUCACUCAUCCUCGGCUUCUGCUACGAAUCCCCAGCUUUUUGAUUGCAUUACGUCGUGGUUGCGCGAGGUUCCUGUGAACGACAUCGUCAAGUCUCCUCUACUAACUAUCGUCUUUAACGCACUCGAGUCCGAUACCUCUUUCCAAGCCGCCGCAGACUGUAUUUCGACAAUGGUUAGGGAGACUAAGGAAAUAGAUGACAACAUCGAAACUAUUCAAGUACUGCUCCCGCGAAUUAUCGCUCUGCGACCAAAGAUUCAGAAGGUUGUCGAAGAGGAAGAUGUGGAGUCUUAUAAGGCUCUUACCAAGCUAUUUGGCGAGGCAGGAUCGUCGUGGGCUGUUGCUAUAGCCCGCGAACCCACCCACUUUAGACCCCUAGUCGAUGCUAUCCUCGAGUGCGCUGCGAGAGAUAAGGAUAGGGAGGUCAUCGAAUUCACCUUCGACUUCUGGUAUGAUCUUAAGCAAUAUUUGGUCUUAGAAAAAUACAUUCAAGCACGCAUGAAUCUCCUCGAUGUCUACGCGAAGCUUGUUGACGUUCUACUCAAGCACUUGGAGUAUCCUGAGUCCGAAUCCGGUAACGAGAAAGAUCUAUUCGACGGAGAUAGGGAAGCGGAAGAAAAGUUCCGUGAAUUCAGACACCUCAUGGGCGACACUCUCAAGGACUGCUGCGAGAUCAUGGGUGUUUCAGAAUGCCUCGCGAAGGUCCACGAGGCUAUCAAAAUAUGGAUGCAAAAAUACGCCAGUUUGGCGAAUGACACAUCCGUCCCUCAUUGGCAGAAACUAGAAGCUCCCCUAUUCUCUAUGAGAGCCAUGGGUCGCAUGGUUACUAAGGACGAGGGUACAAUUCUUCCAGAGCUCAUGCCGCUUCUGGUUCAAAUGCCAGCUCAUGAGAAGCUGCGUUUUGCGACAAUCAUGGUCCUAGGCAGAUACACCGAAUGGACCGCUGCCCACCCCGAAUUUCUUCACCCUCAAUUCAACUACAUCAUAGAGUCUUUCAAUGCGAAUUCUAAGGAAAUCGUGCGGGCUGCUGCGAUGGCAAUCAAAUACUUCUGUACUGACUGCAAGCAUCUCCUGAGCCAGCAGGUUGUUCAACUUCAGGAAUUUUACAAUUUAAUUCUAGAUAAGCUUCCAGAGCUUAGCCAAGAAGAGAUCACCGAAGGAGUUGCGACUGUCGUCCCCGUCCAACCGAAGUCCGAAAUCUACAGGCUUCUCAAGCUUUUCUGCGAUCCCCUGAUCGAACGAUUGAUGACAAAGGCGAACAACGCGGCAGGCAAGGACGACAAUGAAGGGAAGCUCGCAGUCGCCGAUCAUCUUCAAUUGAUCACGCUAUUUGCUCAGCACGUUGUAAUCCUCCCUCCAGUUGAGCGCGGCGAGGAAGACCCUGCUGUCAAAUAUUGGGCGGAGGUAUUCCCGAUCUUGUCCAAAGUCUUGGAAAGCUUCCUUAGCUUCCCUCCUAUCUGCGAGAGAGUCUGCCGAUGCUGGAGAUUCAUGGUGAUCUCUCACAGAGGAGCGAUGGCACCUAUCCUCCCGGAUAUGGCAAACCAGUUAGCAAGCGGAUUUGCCACGUCAAGACAGGGAUGCUUCUUAUGGGUUACUGGAGCGAUCCUGCGCGAGUUUUCUGAUGACCGAGAGCACGUAGACCCGGCCAUGACAGAGGACAUAUACGUUUUCUUCAAUGCCCAAGCUACCAAUGUUCUACGCUUCAUUACUGAGGUGCCGUCACUCGAUCUUCCGGACGUCAUCGAAGAUUUCUUCCGCCUAGCCGUGGACGGACUCCUCUACUACCCCCAGAAAUUUAUCCCUUCGCCCCUAUUUGAACCCGUAUUCGAAGCAGCUUACUCCGUUCUUGUUCUGCAGCAACGCGAGCCCCUCUCCGCUACUCUACAUUACAUCCGUGAUGUCCUUGGCUGGGGUACCCCAUACCCGCCAUCAUCCUACGAACAUCUUUCAGCAUCUGAGGCUCAGGUACUAAGAGAGGCAGUAAAGCGACUCGUCAUGAAGGAGGGGGAGAUGCUAGUCAAGCGUUUACUCGCCGGCAUGAUGAUUACUUUCCCGAAGGACUGUUUUGCGGAUGCUAGUGGCGCCCUUCUCACGUUAUUCGAGAUAUUCCCGAGUGAAACAACAACAUGGGUAGACCAUACGCUUCGGAUAUUGCCCGAGGGUACGGUCACGUCGACGGAGGUGGACCGCUUCAUGGUUAAAAUUAGAGAUAGACUCUCUACCAAUGAUUCGGGCGAUGUUCGGCAGAUACGCUCGAUUCUACAGGACUUCACCAACACCUACCGACGAAGAUACGUUGCCCCUCGCGAUGGCUUAGGGGCACUGGAGGGAUCACGUUUCCGAUUCUCAGGCAGCUUUUGAGAUGAAUCUUGUAACGGUGAUGUUGCCCCUUUCUGCGCUUGCUGGAGGAUAAAUGGGUUUCGCUGUGGGGCUUAAAUGAGGAGUUAGACAACGAUGUGCUGUAUGAUGGCUACGGGACGAAUGAUUUGGGACUUGUUCAUUAGUCAGGACCUUCCUGCAGCUGUGUAGCUUGCAGGGAAACAAAAGUAGAUAGGUAUAAUCUCAGUUCGUUGGGUUCGGAGCGGCGGUGGCGUAGAUUCGGGAGUGAGACGGGAUGCAAAAUGAUACCUAACAACAGUAGCUCUGCUAUGAUCGCAGAUCGUUAAGGCGGAUCAUCGCCCAGAGAUUGAUUGUACAUAUGCCUUGCAUUUUACUUAGCAAUAUCUACCUAGUAUUCAUAUCCAUUGCAAAGAUUCGAGAAUUUGGCCGUCUUGGUAGUUUCAAGGGGUUAACAAACUGAUCAUUAGAAUGUAAGGGAUAGCUUGCGGUGUGGA